GCAGCCAUGAACUUCCUCCGGCGACGCCUCUCCGACAGCAGCUUCGUGGCCAACCUGCCCAAUGGCUACAUGGCAGACCUGCACCGCCCGGACAGCUCCACCAGCUCGCCCUCGUCCCCGGCCAUGGAGCGCAGGCACCCCCAGCCCCUGGCGGCCUCCUUCUCCUCGCCAGGGUCCAGCCUCUUCAGCUCCUUCUCCAGUGCCAUGAAGCAGACCUCGCAGGCCCCCGCGGGGCCGGUGGAGCCUCCGGCUCCCUCCACACCGGUUGUUCAAAGGCCCAGGGUCCUGUUGGUGAUCGAUGAUGCCCACACAGACUGGGCCAAGUAUUUCCAAGGAAAGAAGGUGAACGGAGAGAUUGAGAUCCGAGUGGAGCAGGCCGAAUUCUCAGAGUUGAACCUAGCUGCCUAUGUUACUGGGGGCUGCAUGGUGGACAUGCAGGUCGUGAGAAACGGUACCAAGGUGGUGAGGUCCUUCAAGCCCGACUUCCUCCUGGUCCGCCAGCACGCCUACAGCAUGGCCCUGGGCGAAGACUACCGCAGCCUGGUCAUCGGCCUGCAGUACGGAGGGCUGCCCGCCGUCAACUCCCUCUACUCCGUCUACAACUUCUGCAGCAAGCCCUGGGUGUUUUCUCAGCUCAUUAAGAUCUUCCACUCCCUGGGUCCUGAGAAGUUCCCGCUGGUGGAGCAGACGUUUUUCCCCAACCACAAGCCAAUGCUCACAGCCCCUCACUUCCCCGUGGUGGUCAAGCUGGGACAUGCCCACGCCGGAAUGGGAAAGAUCAAAGUGGAAAACCAGCAUGACUACCAGGACAUCACCAGCAUGGUGGCGAUGGCCAGAACCUACGCCACCACUGAGGCCUUCAUCGACUCCAAGUACGACAUCCGCAUCCAGAAAAUCGGAUCCAACUACAAGGCUUACAUGAGAACCUCCAUCUCUGGCAACUGGAAGGCCAACACAGGCUCUGCCAUGCUGGAGCAGGUGGCCAUGACAGAGAGGUACAGGCUGUGGGUGGAUAGCUGCUCGGAAAUGUUUGGCGGCCUGGACAUCUGCGCGGUCAAGGCUGUCCACAGCAAGGAUGGCAGAGAUUACAUCAUCGAGGUGAUGGACAGCUCAAUGCCUCUGAUUGGAGAGCAUGUGGAAGAGGACAAACAGCUGAUGGCCGACCUUGUUGUUUCCAAAAUGAGCCAAUUCCUGAUGCCAGGGGGUACAGUGCCUUCACCCCUGAGGCCUUGGGCUCCACAGACUAAACCAGCCAAAUCCCCCGGGACAGCCCAGCUGGGGCCUCCGCUGGGACAGCCCCAGCCACGCCCACCCACGCAAGGGGGCCCUCGCCAAGCUCAGUCUCCUCAGCCCUCGAGAUCUGGAAGCCCCUCCCAGCAGAGGCUCUCCCCACAAGGCCAGCAGCCCCUGAGCCCCCAGUCGGGAUCCCCACAGCAGCAGAGAUCACCAGGUUCUCCACAGCUGCCCCGGGCAUCCAGCAGCGGCUCUCCAAACCAGGCCUCCAAGCCAGGUGCCACCCUCCCCUCACAGCCCCGCCCCCCUGUGCAAGGCCGCAGCACCUCCCAACAGGGCGAAGAGUCCAGGAAGCCAGCACCACCCCACCCCCAUCUCAACAAAUCCCAGUCCCUGACUAACAGCCUCAGCACAUCGGACGCUUCCCAGCGUGGAACUCCAAGCGAAGACGAGGCCAAGGCCGAAACCAUCCGCAACUUGAGGAAGUCUUUUGCCAGCCUGUUCUCUGACUAACGGGGUCCAGCCUGGGAGGGGGUGCUGUUCCACUCUCCCUCUCCCACCUCAUCUUCCUUCUCAGCCUUGGUUUCUGAGGGGAACAGAAUGGAGGGCCUGAGAAUAUACUUUCUAAUG